AUGGAGGGCCAUCAAACUUUUGGCUUGUCAAAAGUUUCAGUAGCUGAUCAUGAUAGGUAUCUUAGCCGGGAAGUGCUGGCAGAACAAGAAGCAGAUAGAGUUUAUGGAUUACCAGGGCAACCUCCAGUGAAGUUCAAACAAUAUGCAGGCCCAGGUUGUUCCUCAAUUGGUUAUGGAGCAGCAGAGGAAUUGGGACCCUUCUUUCCCCAGGAUAGUAGCCAUCCAAAGCUAAAGUUGAACCCUUAUUCCUGGAACAAUGCUGCCAAUCUUUUGUUUUUGGAAAGCCCUGUUGGAGUGGGAUUCUCCUACACCAACACCAGCAGUGACACAAAUCAGCUUGGUGACUCCAUUACUGCUAAAGAUUCACACGCCUUCAUAGUCAAGUGGUUUAGGAGAUUUCCACAAUUCAGAUCACACAAGUUCUACAUUGCUGGCGAAAGCUAUGGAGGACACUAUGUUCCACAACUUUCGGAGCUCAUUUUUUAUAAGAAUCGGAAUCCUGCCAAGAAAGACUACAUCAACUUCGAAGGAUUCAUGAUUGGAAAUGCAGCAUUGGACGAAGAAACAGACACAAAGGGUUUGAUAGAUUAUGCCUGGCAUCAUGCAGUAAUAUCAGACGGAUUAUACCAUAACAUUACAACCAAAUGCAAUUUCAGCCUUCAAAAUCAAACAGAUGAAUGCAAUGAUGAUGUGGAUAAGUACUUCCAAGUGUAUGACAUUAUUGACAUGUAUAGUUUGUACACUCCCAUAUGUUUCAGCAACCUCAGCAGCAAAGCCCCUGAUGUCAGAGGCACAACCCCACAAACUUUUUCCAAAAUUGUUUGGCAUAGAAAACGAGCUGGAUAUGAUCCCUGUGCAUCCGAUUACACAGAAGUGUACCUAAACAGGCCAGAAGUCCAAAAGGCACUGCAUGCCAAUGUCACCAAAAUUCCCUAUCCAUGGACACACUGCAGUAUCGGAUCUUGGACUGACUCACCAAAGUCCAUGCUUCCUGUGCUCAAGAAGCUUAUUGCUGGUGGUCUUCGCAUUUGGGUUUACAGUGGAGAUACAGAUGGAAGAGUUCCAGUGACUUCAACAAGAUACACUCUGAGAAAGUUGGGGCUGGACAUUGUUGAAGAUUGGAGUCCUUGGUAUACUAGCCAAGAGGUGGGAGGAUGGAGAGUUGUUUACAAAGGGCUAACUUUUGUGACCAUAAGAGGUGCUGGCCAUCAAGUUCCAACUUUCACUCCCAAACCAGCUCUGCAGUUGGGCAAAGAGGGGAUCUCAAAUAAUAGGGUUCUGGAGUGUGUGAUUGGGGGCAAGGGUUCGUUCAUUCGAUUUGCAAGGACGCGAGAAUCGUGA